AGCGGCUUUUGUUUUUGUUUUCCCGUUUAUAAAAGACGCCGUCUCGGUCUCGCUCCCCUCGCCGUCACGGACGCAACCAAAAAGCUCUGCUCCAGCCACCUCUUCUUCUUCUUCGCCUUCGAGUUCGAAUACGAGCACGCGACGACGCGAGAGAAAGCUCGUGCGGAGAGGUGGCGCGCGGAGGCGAAAAUGGGCGCUGCUGCUCCUCUUCCCAGUGCGUAGCAGAAGAACCCCGUGGGUCUGCGCUGGCCACUGCUGCCGUCGUGUGACGGUGUGAGGGACGCGGCGUGAAGGGGAUCGGAGCACGAGCAAGCAAGGAGGGCCGGGAAGUGAAACAAGGAUCAAAGAAAUGGCGUCGCGCGGCCACCUGCUGCUAGCGCUGCUCGUCCUGGCGUCGUCGUCGGCGGCGGCGGCGAGCGGCGCGCGACACCAGGCGCACGGGAGGCGGGGAAAGCCGGCGCGGCCGCGGCCGCGGCCGCGGCUGGAGCUCGUUCCCGCCGCGCCGGGCGCGUCCCUGCCCGACCGCGCGAGGGACGACGCGCGCCGCCACGCGUACAUCCGGUCGCAGCUGCUGGCGGCGUCCCGCACCCGCGGGCGCCGCGCCGCCGAGGUGGGCGCGUCCGCGUCCGCGUCCGCGUUCGCCAUGCCGCUCUCGUCGGGGGCCUACACCGGCACGGGCCAGUACUUCGUGCGGUUCCGCGUGGGCACCCCCGCGCAGCCGUUCGUGCUGGUGGCGGACACCGGCAGCGACCUCACCUGGGUCAAGUGCAGCGGCGCCGGCGACGGGACCGGCGAUGCGCCGCGGCGGGUGUUCCGCGCCGCCGCGUCCAGGUCGUGGGCCCCCAUCGCGUGCUCCUCCGACACGUGCACCUCCUACGUGCCCUUCUCCCUCGCCAACUGCUCGUCGCCGGCCAGCCCCUGCGCCUACGACUACCGGUACAACGACGGCUCGGCGGCGCGCGGCGUGGUGGGCACCGACUCCGCGACCAUCGCGCUGUCCGGGAGCGAGAGCCGGGACGGCGGCGGCAGGCGCGCGAAGCUGCAGGGCGUCGUGCUGGGCUGCACCGCGUCGUACGACGGCCAGAGCUUCCAGUCCUCGGACGGCGUGCUCAGCCUGGGCAACAGCAACAUCUCCUUCGCGUCCCGCGCCGCCGCGCGCUUCGGGGGCCGCUUCUCCUACUGCCUCGUCGACCACCUGGCCCCGCGCAACGCCACCAGCUACCUCACCUUCGGCCCGCCGGGGCCCGAGGGCGGCGCCGCGGCGUCCAGCAGCUCCUCCUCCGCCGCAGCGCGGACGCCGCUGCUGCUCGACCGCCGGAUGAGCCCGUUCUACGCCGUGGCGGUCGACGCCGUGCACGUGGCCGGGGAGGCGCUCGACAUCCCCGCGGACGUGUGGGACGUCGCCCGGGGCGGCGGCGCGAUCCUCGACUCCGGGACCAGCCUCACCGUCCUCGCCACCCCGGCGUACAGGGCCGUGGUCGCCGCCCUCAGCGAGCGCCUCGCCGGCCUGCCCAGGGUCUCCAUGGACCCGUUCGAGUACUGCUACAACUGGACCGCCGCCGCGCUGGAGAUCCCCGGGCUGGAGGUGCGCUUCGCCGGGUCCGCGCGCCUGCAGCCGCCGGCCAAGAGCUACGUCGUCGACGCGGCGCCCGGGGUGAAGUGCAUCGGCGUGCAGGAGGGCGCGUGGCCCGGAGUGUCGGUCAUCGGCAACAUCCUGCAGCAGGACCACCUCUGGGAGUUCGACCUCAGGGACCGGUGGCUCCGGUUCAAGCACACGCGCUGCGCCCUAUGAUGAUUGCUCACGGACGCCGCGCAUCAUUCCUCUAUGCCUUGAUAAAAUUUGUGACGAGUUUGGAGGGAGUUGGGUUUUUUUUUCCUGAAUGAAUGAAUGAAAAUAUAAUUUUUAGCGCAAAGGGAAAUCGUUCACCUUGCAUUUUUAGCUUGGAGGAACUGGUUGUGCUCGUGGUCGGUGCAGAUAUGAAUCUUCUUCGUUGAGA